CUCUAAUUUUGACAGAAAUGAUGCUUAACCUACGCAUCAUCUCUACUGAGUCCAUUAAGCCAUCUUCUCCUACACCAGAACGCCAGAGGACCAUGAAGCUUUGCUUCAUGGAUCAGAUGGUUUCGACAACUUACAUUCCCCUCAUCUUCUUCUAUACUAUGAAAGAGGAAGAGCCCCACUCACAAAGGUUGAAGCAAUCCCUUGCCCAUAUUUUGACCUCCUUCUAUCCAUUGGCAGGGAGGAUUCAAUAUGCCCAGGAAACUGGAGAGAUAUGGGUCGAGUGCAAUGACGAGGGGGUCGAAUUCAAAGAAGCUCAAGUGGAGGGUGACCUCUCUCUGUUUUUAGAGAGGCCGCCGAUAAACGAGAUCAAGAAACUUUUACCCUGUGAGCCCUUGAGCGGAGGAGCCACCACCUUGUUAGUUCAAGCGAACUGGUUCAAGUGUGGGGGAUUGGCAUUAGGUAUUUGCAUGAGCCACAUGGUUGGCGACAUGGCCUCCCUCGCCGAUUUGAUGAACUGCUGGGCUCGAGUAAGUCGCAGCAGCGAUAAUAAGAAGCUAAGCAUUCUGGCACCAAGGUUCGACUGGCGCUCCCUGUUUUCUCCAAACCCACUCAAUUUGAGUUUCGAGCCUCCGUCGCUGGCAAUUCAAGCACCACCCUUAACAAAGGUCUUCAUUUUUCAAAGGGAACAAGUUGAGGCAUUAAGGGAUAAUGGCAGGGAGACAUCAAACCCGCGACCUACCAGUGUAGGUGCAGUGUCGGCGCUGCUCUGGCGGUGCCUUAUCAAAGCGCGGUACAGAAAGACUGGGAAAGAUGGGACAUGGCAUGCAGUUUAUGCUGUCAACAUAAGAACGAGGAUGGAACCGCAGGCUCCGGAUGGAUCCUUUGGGAACCUCAGUAUGGGCGCCCAUUGCCUUAUCCAUGACCCAAUCGAAAGUGCAACACCUCCGAGCAGGAGACAGCUCGAGAGCUGCUUAAGAAUGGGGAUUCAGGAGUUGAGCUGUGAGUUCCUGAAAAAAGUGCAGGAAUCACCUCAUAUCCUUGAAGAAAUGAUAGGCUCUAUCACGGAUAGAGCGAGCAAGGGUUACGCGUUUGGGAUCUCAAGCUACUGCAAGUUUCCACUGUACGAGUCGGAUUUCGGGUGGGGGAAGCCGGAUUGGGUCAGCAGCGUGGGCGGUUUCAUAACCGGUGUAGCCUUCCUUUUUGAUGAUCCAUCAGAGAAUGGCAUUCAGGCCUGGGUGAACCUUGGUGAGGAAGAGAUGGCCCACUUUGAAUGUGAUCCAGAGCUCCUCGCAUUUGUUUCAAAGCAAAUGUAAUUUUCAAUCGGUUUUCAUGUUUGGGGCACAAGUGCAAUGUCAUCUGAAAUUGUGUGGGAGACUAU